CAUGGCGGAUGAUCACGAUUAUUUUAUUUUAGUUAUUUAUUUGUUGAGAAAGUCGAUAUGAGCGACAGAAACAGAAACAAGUUACCAAAUAACUUACCUCAGUUGCAGAAUUUGGUGAAGAGGGAUCCUGACUCGUAUAAGGAAGAGUUUGGUCAGCAGUUCCGGCACUAUGAAUCAAAUCUUCAGAUCUUUAAGCUCGAUCCAUCCAGUGCUAACAAAACCUUAGCUGAUUUGGUUAUGUUUCUCAGCCAGGUUGCGCACUGCUACACAUAUGAACUGGAACAUUUCCCUCAGGAACUUAUUGAUGUCUUGCAAAGACAUCACAGUGUUAUGGAUGCUGAGCUCAGAAUGACACUUUGUAGAGCUCUUAUUCUCCUUCGAAACAAGAACUUACUGUCACCAACAAGUCUCCUAGAGCUCUUUUUUGCAUUGUUCAGAUGUAAAGAUAAAUUACUGAGGCAGGUGUUGUACAGUCACAUUGUCUCAGACAUCAAGAAUAUAAAUGCCAAACACAAGAAUAAUAAAGUUAAUAAUACUCUACAAAACUUCAUGUACACAAUGCUGCGAGACAGUAAUGUCUUAGCUGCAAAGAAAUCGUUGGAUGUGAUGGUGGAACUUUACAGAAAGAAUGUUUGGAAUGAUGCAAAAACAGUCAAUGUCAUUACAACAGCUUGCUUUUCAACUGUUACAAAGAUUGUGGUUGCAGCUCUGACAUUUUUUCUCGGCAAAGAUGAAGAAAAUAAAGAGAAGGAUGACAGUGACAGUGACCAAGAGUUGGACCAAUCUGCUGUUCGAAGGAUGCUCCAUGCUGGUGGGGUGAACAAGAAAACGUUAAAAAAGAAACACAAAAUUGAAAAAGCAAUGGCAACGAUAAAGAAACAAAAGAAGAAACACAAAAAUCCAUCAGCGGUAAACUUUUCAGCUCUUCAUCUCAUUAAUGACCCACAGGGUUUCAGCGAAAGGCUGUUUAAGCAGCUUGAAUCAUCAACGGAAAGAUUUGAAGUGAAACUGAUGAUGAUGGACUUGAUAUCAAGACUUGUUGGGAUUCAUCAGCUUUUUCUGUUCAAUUUUUAUCCUUUUGUCCAACGAUAUUUGCAGCCACAUCAGCGAGAAGUGACCAAACUACUGACUUACUUUGCUCAGGCUUGUCAUGAUUUGGUUCCUCCUGAGGUUAUCGAGUCAGGUUUAAAAGCGAUUGUAAAUAAUUUUGUGACUGAAAGGAACUCUAACGAAGUAAUGGCCGUUGGUUUGAACGCUGUCCGCGAAGUUUGUGCAAGAUGUCCCUUAGUAAUGACAGAUGAGUUACUUCAAGAUUUAGCGCAGUACAAGACAUCUAAAGACAAAAGUGUUAUGAUGGCAGCGCGAUCGCUUAUUCAGCUCUUUCGGUCCGUGAAUCCAACUCUUCUUCACAAGAAAGACAGGGGCAAACCAACAGAGGCAAGUAAAGAGAUGACAGUGAAGCAGUAUGGGGAGCUAAAAACAACAGACUUCGUUCCAGGGACAGAGGUACUUGAUGAUGAUCAGGAUGAAGAGAAGCAAAACAAUAACGAAAACCAUGACGGGUGGGAGAGUGACGAAGAUGUUGACGACGAUGGUGAAUGGGUGGAUAUUUAUCAUUCAUCGGACGAAGAGGAAGAGAAUGAGCUGCAGGAUGAGGAAGGGGAAGAAAGCAACGAAGAGAAUGAAGGAGAAGAUGAAAGCGAAGACUUGAAAACCAAGGCAGCAAGAAUAAGCCAGUCAAGAUUUCUCACAGAUGACGACUUCAAGAAAAUCAAGAUGCGUGAAAUCGCACGUCAGAUUGACCCCAAAGCGGGUAAGAAGCGAAAGAGGACUUCAGACACCACUGAGCCAGCUGAAAGAAACGAACUUAUUUCCGUGGGAGACAUCGAAAAUAUUCACAAGAAGAGGAAACACGAUAAAGAAUCCAGACUCGAGACCGUGAUUGCUGGUAGACAAGGUAGAGAAAAAUUCGGCUCAAAGAAGGCUUCAAAGAAGCGUCUAAAUCAAUUUGCUAGCACAUCAAACAAGGAGAAAAGGAAACACAAGAAUUUCAUGAUGAUGCGUCAUAACAAAGAUGUUAGAGGGAAAAACAAACGUUCCUUUCGAGAUAAGCAGUUUGCACUGAGGCAAGCGCUUCUCAAGAACAAGAAAGCGAAAUAGUGUUGAAUGUCCAGAGUCGAAACUGUCGGGAAGUUUAAUCACUGAACGUUGUGACAGCUCAGGUGGUGAAGUUGAACGCGUAGUUCCCCUGGAGAGUAUUCUCUAGUGAAGUGGCUAGAUCUAUGUGAAAAAUGCUGUACUUGAGUAUUUUCGUCAAGGUUGCGAAGCGAGACAGCAUUUUCAAUUUGAUUGAACUUGGAAAUGAGAUGAAAACUGAAAGGGCACAAAAGAAAUACUAAUGCCUUUUUUUGUAUCUCAAAAUGAAUGAAUAAAUACGGAAGUGGUUCAAGUUAA